CUGGUCAUUAAUAUACCACUUACAUUUUGAGAUAAAGAAAAAAAGUUUCAAAAUGAACGUUCCCUGGCCAGUUACGUCUUCGCACAUUUAUGACUCUCAUUAGCAGUGGCGAAUCUACUUGUGUUAAGGAUGUGGCACUUGCCCCCACAAAUUUUCUAAAUUCUUUACAACUCAACCCAUAAUUUAGCUAUUUUUUCCUAUCAAACUUCAUAUCUUAGCCUUAUGUUUGUAUUUAUACAUGAUUUGCCUUCAUAUUAAAAAAAUCCUACAUACGCCCCUGCUCAUUAGAAUCCACAUAAGAGAGCCAUGCCAGUCAAUAGGUUCUUUGUUGGUUUCAAUAGUUUGGAUAUAUUUUAUUUUAUUUUCAUUUAUUUAUUAAUUUUUUUAGGUGUUUUCUGAUUCUAUUAAUGGUUUCAGAUUUUCUUUUUAAUUUUUAAAUUUUUUAUUAGUGUGACACCAUAUAUAGUUUCUACGUUUUAUUCAUCUUUUGAGAAAAUAGUUAAAGAUCCUUGAUUAUCCAUGAGAGCCAUUUGUCAUUUUGUUGGUAUUAACAAAAUGUCUCUGAGUGAUGUGGCACCACAUAUAUAUAGUUGAUUUCCUUCAUUUGUCUUUGUCUAGUUGCCAUGAUUUCCCCUAAGAAGCUUAUUUUGCUGACUUUUUCAGCAUUAGGUCUCAUUAUAGUUGCCAAGAGCGACAGAACAUUAUCACUGGAAAAGGAUGAAAAGGAGCUGGUGAGAUCACUCACCUCUAUCAAUAAACUUGCAAUCAAGAGCUUCCAGACUGAACAUGGUGAUAUAUUGGAUUGCAUUGACAUUAAUAAGCAGCUAGCCUUUGACCAUCCUCUGCUCAAGAACCAUACUAUUCAGUUAAUGCCUACAACAAUACCUAAAUGGAAUAUAAACAACAACAAAAAUUCAAAGAAUGGUGAUUCAGUUCCUUUUCGACAAGAUGACAUAAGUUGUCCAUCUGCGACAGUGGUUGUUAAGAGGAUCACACAGGAAGAUCUUAUACAAUCUCAACGUUUGAAAUCAAUGGGGUCCAAAUAUUCAAGACAUAUUUCUUCAGAAGGAAAAAACAUUGAGUUAUCUGGUUUUCAUUUUGCGGUGGCUGAGUACAGACAUCAAGUUUUUGGAGCAAAGGUAAACUUUAGCAUUUGGGAACCAGAAGUUUCUCCCACUCAAUUCAGUUCUGCGAGUAUGCUUAUCGCCCAAGGCUCUAAAGAACAGUUUCAAAGCGUUAGAGCUGGAUGGAUAGUCUACCAAUGGUUGAACCAGAAUCACAGUCGCCUGUACACCUAUUGGACUGCAGAUGGAUUUAUCAAGACAGGUUGCUACAAUAUCUUAUGUCCUGGCUUUGUACAAGUGAGCGCCAGAAUCCCACUCGGCAUCUUUUUUGGACCAGUUUCGGUUUAUGAUGGCCCACAAUAUGAAGUAGGGAUCAGAAUCUAUAAGGAUGGCAGCACAGGAGAUUGGUGGUUAGUGGUGUACGACGAAAAUGUUGGAUACUGGCCAAACUCAUUGUUCACAAAAGCAGGCUUAGGUCAUGGAGCUAGUUUGGUAGCGUAUGGAGGAGAAGUAUACAGUCCAGUGAACGAGAAAAGCCCAAGCAUGGGAAGUGGGCAUUUUCCGAGUGAAGGUUACUCGAAGGCAGCCUAUGUGAAUAAUUUUGAAGUGGUCGAAGGAAGUGUAGCUUCGAAGCCCCUUUUUCCUGUAACGCUAUUCUCAAGCACUCCGAAUUGUUACAAAGCAAGUCUUACAGGUAAAAAAAAAGUUUGGUACAACGCUAUCUUCUUUGGAGGGCCAGGAAAAUGUGUUUAAGAUAUGUAUCUUCUGUUUUUCAGUUUGAUUACAAAAAUAAAGUUGUUAUUCUGAAGUUAGAACUUUUUUAUGAGAUUUAACAGAGAUACAAGAAGAAUGUUUUGGUGUAUGUGUAAUUGGAGUUAUUCAAUUAAUAUCAAAAUUAGAAUAAGAAUGUUUUUUUAUGCACUCCGAUUAUAGAUGUCCUAUAGGACCACUCGCCAGAAUUUCAGUCGGGUGGAUCAGUGGAUGCUAACUGGU